AUUUUCACACACACACACACUAUCCAUUUUCCCGGUGGAUUUCACUAUAAAUAUUUGUCUUUGUUUCACAAUUUCACCAUUGCACACCCUCCCUUCUAGCUCCAUUAUAUAUAGAAAUGGCAUUAUUUUUUGGAAUGUUCUUGUCAUGUUUACGUAUUCUGAGUCUUCUCACAUUAGUUAUGUUACUACUGCUCGAGCCUAAUCGCGUAUUAGGCUCAAGCAGAGGGAAACAUUUUGGCCUCAUUAGUACUUCUGGUAUGUGUGCUUCCACAGUAGCCAUUCAUGGUUACAAAUGCCAAGAGUUUGAGGUACAAACUGAUGAUGGAUACAUACUAAGUGUGCAAAGAAUUCCAGAAGGACGUGUAGGAGGUGGUGGGCAAAACAGGCAGCCAGUGUUGUUGCAGCAUGGAGUUCUUGUGGAUGGUGCAACGUGGUUGUUGAGUCCACCGGAACAAUCUCUGGCAACGAUCUUGACAGACAAUGGGUUCGAUGUUUGGAUUUCCAAUACCAGAGGAACCAGAUAUAGUCGUCGCCACGUUACCCUUGACCCUAAUGAUCCGGAAUACUGGAAUUGGUCAUGGGAUGAACUGAUUGUCCAUGACCUACCAGCUGUUAUUGACUUUAUCUUCAAACAAACUGGACAGAAAAUACACUAUGUAGGUCAUUCAAUGGGAACUUUGAUAGCCCUGGCAUCCUUCUCAGAAGGAAGACAAAUAGACAAGGUGAAAUCAGCAGCCUUACUCAGUCCAAUUGCUUAUUUGAGCCAUAUGACUACUGCACUCGGCGACGUUGCUGCUAGAGCCUUUGUUGGUGAAAUCACCACGAUAUUUGGUCUCGCGGAGUUUAAUCCAAAGAGUGGACCUGUAAACAAAUUGCUCAAGUUCUUCUGUGCUCAGCCUGGAGUAAAUUGCUACGACUUAAUGACUGCAAUUACUGGGAAGAACUGUUGUUUGAAUUCGUCGACCGUCGAGAUCUUCUUGAAUGAUGAACCCCAGCCCACGUCUACUAAGAACAUGGUGCAUUUGGCUCAGACUGUUAGAGACGGCACACUUUCAAAAUACGACUAUGGGAGCAACUAUAACUUGGCGCAUUAUGGUGAACCGAGACCUCCAAAGUAUAAUUUAGGCGACAUUCCUCGCGAUUUUCCGCUGUUUCUCAGCUACGGCGGCAAAGAUGCACUGUCUGAUGGCAAAGAUGUUGAAACUUUGCUUGACUAUCUGAAGUUUCACGAUGUUGGCAAGUUGCAUGUUCAGUACAUUAAGAAUUAUGCUCAUGCUGAUUUUAUCAUGGGAGUUAAUGCCAAAGAUCUUGUUUAUAACCAAGUUAUUUCGUUUUUUAGAAACUAUGGCUAGGAAUAUACAAGGGAAAAGGAAAGUGAAUUGAUAGAUUUUUUUCUCAAGUUUUAUGUACACAAGAAUGUUCAUGACAAAGAUGCAUGAGCAGACUAAUUAUUGUUACAUUAGCUUGAAUAAUAUUGAGUUACUUACUACAUUAGGAUUAA